AUCAGGUGGUGAUUAGCCAGCCUGCUUGGCUGCAAUCACACCUUUCAGCAUUAAUUACCCACUCCUUGAGUGUGAUGACGUUGAGCGUCUGCGGCGGGGGCUGCUCGGGGUUUGGUGUCCUUGGCCAGGACGAGGAUUGUUCAUCCAGCCGUGGGAAAUGAGGGCUCCUUUGUGAAGGGCCUGAGGAGCAGGAUGGGCAGUUCCAGCCUGGAGGUGUGGGUCUGAUCUCCCCGACCUGGCUGUGCGGGUUGGAUGGCACAGGGAGGCUUUGCAGUGCCAGGGAAGUACCAGGACCUAAGGAGGACAUACAGGAAGGCUGGAGAGGGACAUUUUGCAAAGCCCAUGGGAAUGCAGGUGAGCAGAGCCAAAGCAAGAAGAAGGGAAGAGAGAGGGAGAAGGAGAGAAAGGAAAAGCGAUGGAGAGAAGGAAGGAGAAAAAAAAAAUAAUCCUUGUAUGCCCGUGGUGGAAUUUCUCUGGAAUUUCUCUGGAGAAAUCUGCAGGGCAGGGUGGGUAAUGAAAGGAAUAACGCUCAGGGAAGUGAUGGAGCCCUGCCUGCCCCGUGUGCCUGGAGGGGAGGGAUCUGCCAGUGGCCUCCACGGGAAGGUGAUGCUUGGGAGAACAAUUGCUGGGCUGUUGUACCAUGCCUGGUGCUAUGAAUGGAGCCACAGAAAGGCUGUCCUUGGACUGUUGCUAAAGCCCAGCAUCUUCUCCAUCCCCUGCGUGCGCCGCUCGCUGCCGCUGCCUCCCGACACGGGCCAGCAACGGAGAAACCAAGGGCAUAAAAGGUGGGAUCAGAGCCUGCUCCAGCCUCAGCCCCUGCUGGGACAUCAGCUGGCUCGCUGCUCAUCCAUCUCCAGCAGUCAGAGUGGGGCCUGCUGGGUGGGAUUGUCCAGCUCGCUGCAGCUCCGGGCUGGGAAUUCCCCCUGCACCACCAGGGAUGUGGCCAUGCCACGACACUGUGCUGUUCCAGGAGGCUGGAUGUCCAUGCUCCAGAGGAGCCCUGGGAUCCCCACCAGAGAUGACGAGGAUAGUGAUGGAAUGGCUCAGCCAGAGCCUGGGAUGUGCAGGUCUGGCCAGGAAACCUUCAAGUAGCAGCACUUUCCCUUUUAAGCAGG